CCUGAGGCAGGAAAUGAAACCAAAAGGGAAUACCUGUUCCCUGUGCCGUGGCCCAGGGUUCCAGCUGGAGGAGCACCCUUCCCGCAGGCGUCCAUCUGCUUUGCUGGUCCAGUUCCGAGUGUUUGUCUCAGUCUGACGAUAUUGUUGACAGCAUUUCCAACAGGCCCGUGAAACCCGAUAUGCCCCUGAAAGUGGAGGAGGCCACAGAGCCGCCCGAGAUGUCCCUGAAGCUGGAGGAGGCCAGGAAGCCACCUGAGAAGUCCCUGUCGAUGGCGGAUGUCCUGAAGCUGCUGAGCUGCCUCUGGGAGUUGAAGGAGGUGAAAGUGACCAUCAAGCACACGUGUCAGGGCACCCUGCUCACCGGCACCAUGGCCAUGUUUGGGGGCCUGGUCGGGGGCCCAGCAGGAGUGGCCGUUGGAAGCGCUGUCGGGGGGCUCUUAGGGGCCUGGGUGGCCAGCGGGCAGUUUAAGUCGGUCCCUCAGAUCCUCAAGGAGCUGCCGCCCGCCGAGCAGGAGAAGCUACGCAGCGAGGUCACGGCCAUCGUCAAGAACCUGGACUGGAAGGAUGUCAUGGGGCUGAGCAAGCAGGUCAAGGACAGCCCGGCCCUGCAGCAGCAGCUGUGGGUGCCGGUCAAGGACUGCCUCAAAAAGGUGGAGGCCACCAUGCAGUCCUGCGCCUAGGCUGGGGGGAGGGGGGGGCAGUGCUGGGUCCUGUUCUGCAAAGUGAAGGUUAAAGGGAAUAAAACGGGGCCGAGAGAAGCUCACGGUGCUGAGCGGAUCCCUGGCAGAGCCUGCAGCCCUGAGCCCCGCACAGCGCAGGGACCAGGGGACCCCGGGCCGGGAGGGACGCGGGGCGCAGCCUGAGCUCAGCCGCACCGCGAGCAGCCGCCAUCGCGGGCGCGUCUCCCCUGCGCUCUGCGCGGCUCCUGUCUGGGGCUCAGCCCGGCGGCACCCGGGCGCCUGAAGCAAAAGCUUGUGGAUGCAUCACAGCCUGUCAUAGGAGCCCCACCCGGCCCACUCGGAACCUUCCAGAAAGAGCUCUCAGAGCAGCCCUGGGCGCGGCCCGUGGGGAGCUGGCGCCCGGCCGAGGCGCCUGUGGCUGACGCGGGGACAGGUUGUGCGUCCACUCUCCUGACACGGAGGCAGAGGGCUCAGCCGCUCGGCUGUGAGGGUGACUGCUGUCCGGGCGCCGCUGGCAGGACGGGGACCCUCCGGGCCCAGGGACUCAGGACUGGCCGCCGGCCCUGCUGGAAUCAUGUGGCCCCCGGAGAGCGCCCCCUGCCCCCCUCGUCCCUUCCCAGGGGCCUCAUGGGGAGAGAGGGGGGCACGAAGGGCACCUGCCCAGCAGCCCGGCCUG